CUCGCCUCGCACCGUCAUUUUCAUCUCACACGGCGGCAUCAACGCUUUUGGUGGUGCCGUUCUCCGAGGCAAAUUUUCCCAGUCCGGCAGUCGGUCGGUUAACGAUUUUCGUCGUCGCACAUUGAAUUCGCCGUUUCUAGCAAGCCUACAACCAUGUCGACCAAGAAAUCCAAAAAGCAGAAAUGGAAGCCAAUAGAGACAGAAGUGAUUUCAAUAGCCAGCGGAACUUGCUGGGCCGAAGAAGUGGAAAAAGAACAAAGUGGAUUUGGUAGUUUUGGUUUCGAAGCUAAACCAUUGAAUCUUCCCAAAGCACCUAGAGCUGCUUGUGAAACUCUCAUCGAUGAAAGUACUGUGCCUCAAGAAGGACCCUUCCUGGUUCACAUGUCGAACCUGCAGUUUGAAAUUGAUGAAGACGACAUCACUAACUACUUUAAAGGCUUGAAGGUAGAAAAUAUUAAGCUUCCGCGUAAUGACAAUGGUCGUAACAAAGGAUUUGGAUAUGUAGAAUUUGAAGACCGAAAAGAUUUAAUCAUUGCACUUGGGAUGGAAAAUUUGAUACGUGGACGCCGUGUUCGUGUUGAACUCGCUAGCGGUAUGCAAGAUUCCAGAAAUGCAUUUCAAAGAGGUAGUAAUCGUAUGGGUAUGGAUUUUGGUAGUUCAGAUUCCCCAGGCGAUUGGCGUUCAACUAACAGGAGUUCUGCUACAUCUGACGAUAGAGGAGGUUUCACAAGAAGACAAGGAGGUGGUGCUUUUGACAAAGAUCACGACAGCGAAAGAGACAGUGGACCGUGGAGAGGAAGUAGGCAAAAUGUCAGUGAUGAUGUUCCGGCUGGCAGAAGACCAUUCAGUGACCGUCGACCCGAUGAAUUUGAGAGUGGAAGAAGGCCUUUUGGCGAUAGACGUUCUGAUGACGUUGAUGGUGGACGACGACCAUUUGGUGACCGACGACAUGAUGAUUUCGAUAGCAGUAGAAGACCUUUUGGUGAUAGGCGGGAAGAUUCUGAACGAAAACCAUUUGGCGAAUCAAGGCGUGGUUAUGGUUUUAAGCGUGAUGACGACUUACCUGAAAUAAAAGAUUCUUCAUCAUCACCACCACGUGAACGACCAAAGCUCAUUUUGAAACCCAAGACUGUCGACCACGCUCCCAAGACUGAGGUUACAAAUUAUGUUGCUGCUCCAUCUAUAUUUGGUGGAGCCAAACCGGUUGAUACUGCUGCUAAAGAACGUGCAAUUGAAGAAAAACUCUUAGCCAAACACGAACCAAAACCUCAACUGUCUGCUGCUUCCUCGGUAACCAGUUUAAAUGAAGCUUCUGAGACUCAAAGUCAAGAAAAUGGUGAAGUUAAACCAUCACCAGCAGUCGCACCCCAAUCUCGUUCUGUUGAAACAUGGAGACGGAGAAGUCCACGGCGUCAAAAUGAUGAUCGUCCUCAGAGACGAAAAACGCCAGAAAAAAAUCCCCGUUACGAAGAAGCACUUCCUCCCAGAGAAAACCCGUGGGAAAAAAGUGUGCCAAUCAAUCAACCUGCCGAGUCUUCCAAAGAAAAUGUUUGUAAUGGAUCACCACCAAAGAAUGACGAAGAUAGUACACCUAAGACAAAUGUUUACAUUCCUCCAAAUCUUCGUAAACAAGCCGUUUCACAAGAACAAUCUGUACCAGACCGGGCAGCAGACGGAUCUGAAAUUAUCGAAACUGUUGUCUUAGAAGCACCUAGCGAUGUCAGAACUGAUCCUGAUGGACAGUCCAGCGAGCCUGAUUUAGUGAAAGACCCAUCUACUGAAUUGGAUAAGAACGAUUCUGGUUUUAUCGAAUGCGGAAAAAACGGCUCUGAUAAAAAUAAACCCAAAAAGAAACCUAAAGUUAUAAAAAAACUACCGGAAGUCGAUGUAAAAAAGAAAGAUCUUGUAACUAAAGAACAGAAGAAGUCUACUAGUAACAAAUUUGCUGCGCUUCUCGAUGACGGAUCUAACGAAUAGAAAGUAGUAGAUAAAUUAUUACUGUGUUAUUUGUUUUUGUGCAACUGUAUUAAGUAUUUGCAAAGCUCUUAUAAAUGUUAAGACUCAUCAAGCCUCCAAUUUAACUUAUUUUUAUUAGUUUCAUUGUAUGUGUUUCUAUUCAUUACGUUAAUGUCAAAAAAAGUUUAAUAUUAUAAACACAUUAGAAAUACUUAACUAUGUGAAUCGUAGAUGACGCGCUGUCUGUUGUUACGUUACUGCCACAGAAAUCGUCACUGUGUAUUGCACGAGUCCGACCAAUAAUCAGCAUUGAAUUAUAUUUUCAUUCUUUCUUUGGUACAAAAACGUCUCAUAAAUUUUUUUAUAUUUAUAUAUAUAUGUUUUAAAUAUUAAAGAUUUUGUGGUUCUUUAUCUCAUUUAAUCCAUAAGACUGUCUACACAAAAUAGUGAUAUAUUUAAAAGACUGUACAUUAUAAUUAUUACAGACGCUCAUUGAUUGUUAAUAAGACUUUCAACCAAGGACAUGUCACUGCCACAUUCUAAUCUAAAGUCGGGCUCGUGUUUGAUAAACUAAGAUUUUCGUCAUGUACGAGAUGUUGCAACAGGCAGCGAGACAUAGUUUAUUAUUAUUAAAAUUUUUUUUUUAUUAAUAUCUUUUUUUAAUUUAAAUAUACUUUUUGAAGCAAAUAUAUAUGUACAGUAUAUAUUCGUAAAACAUAAAAAAAUCUAUAAUAAUUUAUAAUUAAAUAGCAUUACAUGAUAAUACCAUUGUGUAUAUUGAUACACGUUUUACAUAAUUGUGUGUGUGACCUUUUUUUUUUGUAAAUCUGUCUAUAUAAUAAUGAACUUAGAUUUGUAUAAUUUUUGAUACUUGACCUAGUCUUCAGAAUGUAUUUUCCUUAAUACUUUCUUUGAUCAUUUGUAUUGUGUACAUAUGUACUAGUGAUAGUUGUAAAUUUAUUUAUUAUCUUAAUACAAAAAGAAAUUGAUUUAUUGUCUUAAAUAUUUCAUUAUUAUUAAUUAUUAUAAUGUACUAUUUAUAAAAAAAAUAUAUAUAUAUAUUUCAUCUUGAAAGAACCGCUCGUUCAGUUUUAAUUUUUAGAUAUUUAAGUGGUAAUAUCAUUGUAAGAAUAAUGACUGUUGUUUUUUUACUUGUUUGUACCGAAACUGAUUUUGUUAUCGUAAGUUUGUUGUGUUUGUGUGAGUGUUGCCAAUACAAUUUUCUUAAUUGUACUUAGAAGUGAUUACUACUAUUAUGUUUAAACAGAUUUUCCUUGUGGAAACACAUGUGAUAUUUUUAAUCUUAUGUUGUUUUAUUUCACACUUGGUUCUUUUUAAAUCAACAAUGUAAUAAAGUUAAUAAUGCUUUUUUUUUAAAUAUAAUUGUGUGUUCCGUUUGUGCAAUAUGUGAUGGUGUGAAAUAUACUGAAAUUACAUUCGAUACAAUAUAUUAUUAUAUUAUAAUUGUUUUCUAAAUGGUGGAAAAAUGACUUGUUAAUUUUUUUUUUAUUGAUACUAAUUUGAUGUAAUUUUGUUAGUACUUUUUAUUUUAUUUAUUUCAUAUUGUAAAAUUUAAUUGAGCUGAUUACUUUAUAUGAUUAUUAUUAUUACUUAGGCCAUUUAUGUAAUCUUUUGAAAUUAAAAAUAAAAUACUGUAGGUGGA